AUGAAAUUGGAUAACUUUGGCUUCGAGCAAUUGCAGACGGCCGAACGCAGCGCUGGUUGGGAGACGCACAGGGUGCGUUUGAACAGGGUGCCGGGCUAUGGGUUCGGUAUCGCCGUAUCAGGCGGCAGGGACAACCCGCACUUCGCCAGCGGGGACCCCUCUAUAGCCGUUUCCGACGUAUUGCGGGGAGGUCCCGCCGAAGACAAAUUGCAAGUGAACGACCGGAUAGUGUCGGUGAAUGGGGUGCCUCUGGAGAACGUGGAGUACGCGCGGGCAGUUCAGGUGCUGAGGGACUCUGGGGCGGCGGUGUCGCUGGUGGUGAGGAGGCGGGCGCCCGCCCCGCCUCCAACAGCGCCCACCACUAUUAAGCUCUCACUCACAAGGAACGGGAAGAAGGAAGAUUUCGGAAUAGUGUUAGGAUGCAAGCUGUACGUGAAGGAGCUGACGAUGCGCGCUAGAGAGCAACUCAACCAAGCGGGCCAGGGUCUUUGCGAAGGGGACGUGGUGACCCGAAUCAACAACACCCCAGUCACUGACGCGAUGACCCUCAAGGAGGCGCGCAAACUCCUGGAGUCCUGCAAGGACCGGCUGAACCUGGUCGUGACUAGGGAACUGAUACGAGAGGAAACCGUCACCAACGGGAAUUACCAGAACAAUUACAACAGUCUAGAGGCGGCGCCGCACGCGUACAGCGCGGAGCCCCUCUCUUACGGCAGCGGGCAGAACGUGUACGUGGCGGCGCCCGUGAGGGGCUCCGAUCCGCGGCGCUCCGAGGCCGACCAGCCGCCGAGGCCCCCGCCCCCCCGGAGCGACGGUGAGCGCACGCGUCCGCACCGGACGACCGCCAACGCUAAAGUGACACGCGCCCAC